AUGGUGGAACACACAGAAAAGGAAGAUAGCAAUUCCAAUCUUUGGUUGUUUCUGGAUGAAGCGUUUAUUGAACAUUCACCGUCACGGAAACAACUUAUGAUAUCUCAGGAGUUGAAGUUGAGGGAAGGAAUAUACAAUUUUGUUAUAAGGCUAGGAACAACUUUAAAAUUGAGUGGAGGAACCAUAUUGGCAGCUACCAUAUAUAUUAACCGAUUUUAUAUGAGAUAUCCAAUUACAACAUCAAAAUACUUUGUUGCAUGUGGGGCAUUGGCAAUUUCUAGUAAAUUGAAUGAUACUUAUAGGCCUCCUGAUAAAAUUGCAUUAUCAGCAUGUAUUUUAAAGAAUCCGAAUAAAGUUAUUGAUGAACAUAGUGACAUUUUCUGGCAAUGGCGUGAUCAGCUAUUAUAUCGAGAAGAGCUUAUUUUGAAAGCUCUCAACUUCGAAUUAAACGUUGAACUUCCUUACUCUUUAAAAGACCUGUUGAUUGAAGCUGAUGAAAUAGAAACUUCUCCAGAUAAUGUAUUUAAUGAAAAAUCAAAAGAUAUCUUGAAGAUUGUGGUUUCUUCAAUAGAACUUUUUUCUUCUUUACCAGUGUUGAUUGCCUACAACAUGAGAACUUUUUUUGGUACCAUUCUUGUAAUAACCAUUAUUGAAGCAAGACAAAGAUUUCAGCUUUCUGAAAAUAAAAUUCUCGAACUACCUAAAAAUUAUUUAUCCAAGUAUAUUGAAACAAAUGCUUAUGAAUGCUGGGACUGCUAUCAAUUCAUGGCUAAGCUCUUGUCUCAUUGCAAUCAAAAGGAUGUUAGACUAGCCAGUCACCGUAAUAUCAUCAAGAAAUUCCCUUCUAUUGAUCGCUCAACGUUCUUUGGAAUCUUAAAUGAUGAUUCUGCUACUUAA